AUUCGGUUACGCGUUGAGAUUCGGUUACGUUCGUUUAGGUUCGGUUAUGCGUUGAGGUUCGGUUACGUUCGUUUAGAUUCGGUUCCGUUCGACAGCUGUAGAACAACUACAUUAGAUUAGUUUUGCAUCAUGGCGGCUGGAGUGUUAAGAACUGUCUUACGAAGAUCUUUAAGAUCUUUUAACGAUGCAACAUUGCAUAUGCGAAAUGGUGCUCAAUUAUAUCCUGCUACACAACGUCGAUAUGGUCAUGCUUGGGUACCAGAUCCAGAAUUUUUCUCACACACAAAUGCUCCAAAAGCUAUACCGGUUGAUCCUGUAAAUUGGCCAUAUCCAGGAGGUUAUCCUUCUGAGGAUAAGCCAGAAGAAAAGUUAAAAAAUGUACAUAUUAAUUUUGGACCUCAACAUCCAGCUGCUCAUGGAGUAUUACGUUUGAUAUUAGAAUUAGAAGGAGAAAUGGUUCUUAGAGCUGAUCCACAUAUUGGUCUUUUGCAUCGUGCUACGGAAAAGCUUAUAGAAUAUAAAACCUAUUUGCAAGCAUUACCAUACUUUGAUCGUUUGGAUUAUGUUUCUAUGAUGUGUAACGAACAAUGUUUCUCUUUAGCAAUUGAGAAACUAUUAAAUAUAGAUGUACCUAUACGUGCUAAAUAUAUUCGAGUAUUAUUUGCUGAAAUAACUCGUAUUUUAAAUCACAUUAUGGGAAUUGGAACUCACGCAUUGGACGUUGGUGCUAUGACACCAUUCUUUUGGUUGUUUGAAGAACGAGAAAAAUUAAUGGAAUUUUAUGAACGUGUUAGUGGAGCUCGUAUGCAUGCAGCUUAUAUACGACCUGGUGGAGUAUCUUUGGAUCUUCCAUUAGGUUUAUUAGAUGAUAUUCAUGAAUGGGCAUCGCAAUAUGGGGAACGACUCGAUGAAGUUGAAGAUAUGUUGACAGAAAACAGAAUAUGGGUACAACGUACUAAAGAUAUUGGGGUAAUUACAGCGAAAGAUGCAUUAAAUAUGGGAUUCAGUGGAGUAAUGUUAAGAGGAUCUGGAAUUAAAUGGGAUUUGAGAAAAGAAGCACCAUAUGAUGCAUAUGAUUUAAUGGACUUUGAUGUUCCUGUUGGCAUAAAUGGGGAUUGUUAUGACAGGUACCUCAUACGUGUUGAAGAAAUGCGUCAAUCGCUUAGAAUAAUCGAGCAAUGUUUAAACAAAAUGCCACCAGGUGAAGUUAGAUGUGACGAUGCCAAAAUUGUUCCACCACGUAGAGAAGAAAUGAAAACUAGUAUGGAAGCUUUAAUUCAUCAUUUUAAAUUAUACACUCAAGGCUUCCAGGUACCACCAGGUGCUACGUAUACAGCCAUUGAAGCACCCAAAGGUGAAUUUGGAGUAUAUCUUGUCAGCGAUGGUACUAGUAAACCAUACAGGUGUAAAAUCAAGGCUCCUGGAUUUGCACAUUUAGCUUGUUUGAAACAUAUUGGACCAGGUCACUUCUUAGCUGAUAUCGUUGCUAUUAUUGGUACUUUGGAUGUAGUAUUUGGUGAAAUUGAUAGAUAAAAUGUUGAUCAUUUGGUAGUAGGUAGGUAAACUAUUAUUAUAAUUACUGUGUUAAUGAGAAAGCUCAUUAAUAAGCAAGCACAUGUGGUAAUAAUAAAUAAAAUGUAUUUUACCACGUGUAAAAACAAACAAACAGGAUAAGUGAUAAAUAUUUGUUUGUAGAUCAUUUUUUACAAGAUCAUUUAUUAGUAUACACACAUAUACAUAUAUAUUAAACAUUAAAUAGAUUUGAUUUGUAUUAUUUUUGAUCUAAUAAAUGGUCUUGAUAUUGUAUUAUUAAACAUUUAAUAUUUAUUAUUGUCUUUCUGAUAAUUUUCGUUUCUUAACAGCAUUCUUAUUUAACUCUUUGCAGCACAGAACUUCAGAUAAUAAAAUAGCCCCUCCUAUGUUGCACGUUUUAAAUAUAAACUUAUGAACAUGUGUAGCUAUUGCAAUAAUAUUUCGAGGUGGGACUAAAAACGUCCCACCAUGCAUUAAGGUUUAUCAAAAAGGGUGGGUGGGACAUUUUUAAUUCCACUAUGUCCCAAAGAGUUAAAUGAGUAAACAAAUGAUACAGAAAUUUAACAAUUUCUUGAAAUAUAAUAAAUAUUUAUUUUGAUUUAUCGUAAUUUCAUCCAAUGAAAUAUUGAACUAGUUAUUUUCAAGAUAAUAUAAUUAAAACUGUAUAUAAAUAUGCGUUUCAUGUUUAAUGCUGUUAAAGAAACAAGUUGUACGACAAUACGAAACUUUUUAUUUUUAUGUCUACAUUCGUAAUGGGG